UUCUCCUUCACCAAUCUUUCAUUGUCUCCUCGCGAUAACAGCUCCAGCAACGAGUCCACUUUACACGUCUUCCACCUUCUGCUACUGUCAAUAUUCGACAUGGGCAGUGAAGUCUUCGCUCGUGGCCGGCUUGGCGGCAAAAACUGCAUCGUCACCGGAGCAGCUGGCGGUAUCGGCCUGGAGACAUGCAUUCUCUUCGCCCGCGAAGGCGCCCGCGUCCUCAUGGCGGACAUUUCCCAGUCCGCACUCGACAGAUCCUCUGCCCGGCUGCGUGAGCUUGUUCCACAGGCCGAGAAGAUCGACACCAUCAUCUGUGACGUGUCCAAGGAGGCCCAGGUCGAAGCCAUGGUAGCCCGCGUGGACUCCUGGGGUGGCGUCGACGUUAUGUACAACAACGCCGGAAUUAUGCAUGCCGACGACGCGGAUGCCAUCGACACGCCCGACGGGAUCUGGGACCUCACCCAGGCCAUCAACGUCAAGGGCGUGUGGUACGGCAGCAAGCACGCCAUUCUCAGCUUGCGAAAGUUCAACAAGAAGAAGGGCAGCAUCAUCAACACUGCAUCUGUUGUUGCGCUCGUCGGUAGUGCUACUCCGCAGCUAGCAUACACAGCUAGCAAAGGAGCUGUGUUGGCUUUGACCCGAGAGUUGGCUAUCUGCCAUGCCCGUGAAGGCUUUCGCUUCAAUGCGCUCUGCCCAGCACCACUGAACACUCCCCUCCUCCAAGACUGGCUCGGCGACGACGAAGCCAAGCGCGCGCGCCGCACAGUUCACUUCCCAACCGGCCGCUUCGGCGAAGCCAUUGAGCAAGCCCAGGCCGUUCUCUUUCUUGCCAGCGACGAGAGCAGCUUCGUCAACGGCACCGACUUCGUCGUCGACGGAGGCAUGACCCGAUGCUACAUCACCCCUGAAGGCGCUCCGACCGAGCCUCCUCCGAACAACGCCCACUAAGCCGCGAUCGUCGCUCAUCAGUCACUUUCCGACUGCGGCUUUCACUGUCUUCGGACGAGGUCUCAACGAGAUACUAAUUUGAACCGGUUUGGCGUCAUGGCUGCGAACGAACGAACAAACGGACGGAUCCGAUACGAAACGGUUACCUUCACUAGACCGAGUCUUUUCCUAGUCACAUGACUUAGAAGCAGUCCAGGCUAGACUCUUUGCUUUAUUCACGAGAUGCACUGCACUGCAAUUGCUUGCUUGCUCCAUGGCGAUUCUGGAGUUCAUGGUUAUGUGUAAUAUAGAUAUCUAAUUCUCCAUCUGCAACGACCUCCCAACGCAGCCAUGCCUCAUGCAACCGUCCAACGCAUCAUACGAUCCACCACUACCAUCGCAUCCUCAUAUCCCAAGAAUGCCCCUCAACCCCCUGACUUUCAUCCUCAGAUCUCCAUACCCCAGCUUCACA